GUUUGUCAAAUGCCGGAGGUAUUAUAAGACUAAAUUUAAAUUUCUUUAUCAUAUCUUUAAUAGAGUAUAGGAUGGUGAUACUUGCCGGGAAAUGACCGGUUGGGACGGCAUCAAAGGAAAAGCCACAACCCCUGCCAAAGGCGGAAGUAUCAGACGUUACAAGCACCCCGACCGAGGGUGCGACGGAAAUGGAUUUGAAGUCUACGGACAACGUUCCACUGCCAUAACACUUAACAUCACUGGGGUGGAUCCCCGACACAGGAGAAAUGGAUGCGUUGACUCGUCGGAGUGUUGGAGCCAGGCGGAAUACAGCCGCCGCGAGCGUCAUGACUCCUGCUCAGAACCCGUCAGGAACACCUGCACUUUCUACGAAACCUGCCUCGAAGAGAGGGUCAGGUGCGGCCCCACGGGUUAUCCCGUCGCCUACGGCCAGCACUACUGCCAAAAAUUCGCCACGGUCCGCGGCAAAUUCUCCGACAGGGGCCAGGUUUGGCUCACUGACACAAUGUACUGUCUCCAGAAAAAGCUCGUACCCUACGCCACAGGCCAAAAGAACGAAAGCUGCAGUGAACUGAAGAAAUAUGCUUAUGCGACGCAUUCAAUUUGCUAUGUCGAAUGCGGAGUGUGCGCGCUCCCACCGUCGGAUUGGGUCGCCACCGUCGAUACCAUAGGCUUUAAGGAACUAUUUGGUAGUGUGGAUGCUCUCAUUUCGAUGCUAGAGACUGCUGAUGGAUGCAAGGACUUUUAUCUAUGGUUGAUCAAGAAACUAUAAGGUGAUCGAUGAGAUACCUCGAUAGAACGGAAACAUCGUGCGUGGGUAGCAGACAAGCCACGCUAACAGGGCAAUGAAGGAAUUCAAGUGCAAUGAUGACGCAAAAUUUGCGGAAGACCUCAUCCUAUCAUGCAAUCAACAAGCUCCUUUGCAAGAUGCCCCAGGGGGAGGCUUAUAUCAAAGGACCUUGGAGGACAUGGUGCAACGGCAAGGGAGAGCAGUGGCCCCUUCUACGCCAUGGAUACUCUUCUGGCCAGAAGUUUCCGCCAUCACCGUUUUUUUUUUCUCAACCCCCAAAAAAAAGAACCAAAGCUCUCAAGGCAAAGAGAAGAAUUUAUUGCUGUAUUUAUGUCACUUAUCUUGUUCAAGCAAUUGUUUCUCAACAAUAACCUGGGAAGAAGGUUCAAAACAUAAA